UUAGCCGCCGUCACCGUUAUUUUUUGUUGACACAGGUCUCUCUACUGUAGACGUGUUUAUUUGCAAAUUAUUUUCUAUUUUACAGAGAAAUCCAUAAAAAAUGCUUAAUAUACCAACUCAUAUGGACUUUGUAGGCCAACACAAGGCUGAAAAGUAUUCGCGUUUUAUUAUUACUUUGUUCGGUAUUGUGGGUCUCAUCUGGGGUGCCAUCAUACAACAAUUUUCACAAACCGUUUACAUAUUGGGAGCCGGUUUUGUGUUAGCAUCCUUGUUGACCAUUCCCCCCUGGCCCAUGUUUAGACGUAAUCCCUUAAACUGGCAAAAGCCUCGUCCUGAACCUUCCGAUAGUGGCAAUGGUGGCCAAGAGGAAAACAAACAAAAAAAGAAAAAGUAAUUUGCAUUAAUUUAGUUUUAAACAUUCCCCGAAUUUCGCUCUGAAAACAAUAAAUUAUAUAAAUUUUUAAAUACUAUUAA